AGCACAUUGGUGUCUGCGAUUAUGAAGACAGGGUAGAUUGUUCAAAAAAACCUGUGAUUUAUCAGCGAGCAGUCAACACUGAUCCAUCAGCAUCCAAACAUGAAGGAAGUAACGUUGAAUGUCCAGUGGAAUUUGGGGCUUAUCGAGACAAAACUAAUUGUGGCUCGUACUACACAUGCGUUUCCUAUAAAAUUGUUGCCAAACAUGAUUGCCCAUCAGGAUUUCUUUACAACGAUGAAAUUGGCAUUUGCGACUAUCCCAACAGAGUGGACUGCAACAAAACACCGAAUGUUUUUCAACGAAAGAACCAUUUCGUUCCGCAACUUCCAGAAGCUUACAUGGAUAAAAUAAAGAGCUGUACGCCCGGAACAGUGUUGCGUCUGAACCCGCAAUGCUCGGCAGCAUGCCUCUGUCGUAACGGAGUAGCAGAAAUCAUCCAGUGUCCCGCUGGGACCUCCUACGAUUCCUCGUCAGAUAAAUGCGUGUCGCCCCAUCUAGCAAAGUGCUGAGACGGUUUGGUCAAGCUGAUGUCAAAGACUGAUGUUGAGAACGAUAAUUUCUAAAACUUCGAAAUAGUAUGGAUGAUGCAAUAUAGAAUAAUAUGGUAAAGGCGCGAGUGGAUCUGUGAAUUGUUACAUAUACAACACAUCUCAAUAGAG